UUGAUGCUUGGGUAGCGUCCAUCAGUGGCGCUGGGCAGAGAGAAACAGAGUCCAGGUGGCUAAGAGGAUGAUUUACGUUCACACACUGUUGCGCCUUCCAGGAUACACGGGAUAAAAAUGGCAACAGCAACUUCAGUUUUCACCCUUUGCUAGAAAAGAAAAGGGGGAUUUUAUUUCUCCUCACUGAGCAGAGUAAUCUAAGAAAUUGCAAACUGAAAAGCGGAGAAGAAGUUUGACGUCAUUUAUUAAGGGUGAUUAAUUGUGACCUCAGACCAUGGCCUACACUCAAGGCUCGACCACUGACGGCCAGACGCGCAGUGUCGGACCUCAGCACUGCGUCACCCGGGUGGAGCUGUCCGUCACCGCAGCCAGCCUGCUGGACCGAGAUGUAGCCUCCAAGUCGGACCCGUUCUGUGUUCUCUUCCACGAGGUGGAUGGAAACUGGGUGGAGCUCGGUCGCACUGAAACAGCCGUGAACAACUUGAACCCAGUGUUUGGGAUGAAGUUUCAUGUGGACUACCACUUUGAGGAGAUCCAGAAGCUUCGCUUUGCCAUUUUCGAUGAAGACAAGUGUGCCACACAGCUCUAUGAACACGACUUCCUGGGAGAGUUCAUUUGCACACUGGGAUUGAUUGUGUCCAAUAAGAAACUUCACAGACCGCUGAUCUUAGCCAAUGGGAAGCCAGCUGGCAAAGGAUCCAUUACGAUAACAGCUCAGGAGCUGUCUGACAACAGAAUCAUCACUUUGACCCUGAGUGGGCGUAAACUGGAUAAAAAGGACUUCUUUGGGAAGUCAGACCCCUACCUGGAGUUUCACAAACAGGGAGAAGACAGCAAAUGGAUGCUGGUGCACAGGACUGAGGUCAUAAAGAACACUUUGGAUCCAGCAUGGAAACCUUUUACUGUGCCGCUCAUUUCUCUCUGCAAUGGAGAUGUGGACAGAAACAUCAAGGUCCUGUGUUACGACUAUGACAAUGAUGGAGGCCAUGACUUCAUAGGAGAGUUUCAAACCACAGCUGCCAAGAUGAGUGAAGCCCAGACCUCAGUGGAGGUAGAGUUUGACUGCAUCAACCCCAAGAAACAGAAAAAGAAGAAGAAUUAUAAGAACUCUGGCUUCAUCAUUGUCAAGUCAUGUAAGAUUACAAGAGACUACACUUUUCUGGAUUACAUACUUGGAGGAUGCCAGCUCAUGUUUACGGUCGGUAUAGACUUCACAGCAUCUAAUGGGAACCCCCGAGAGCCGUCCUCCCUCCACUACAUUAACCCAUUGGGCAGCAACGAGUAUCUCGCUGCCAUUCUGGCUGUGGGACAAAUCAUACAGGACUAUGAUACUGACAAAAUGUUUCCUGCUCUGGGAUUUGGAGCUCAACUCCCACCAGACUGGAAGGUGUCACACGAAUUUGCCAUCAACUUUAACCCCACCAACCCCUUCUGUUCAGGUGUGGAGGGUAUUGCCCAGGCCUACUCCGCCUGUCUCCCUCACAUCCGUUUCUACGGCCCAACAAACUUUGCUCCGAUCAUCAGCCACGUUGCACGUUUUGCUGCCCAGGCACUUCAACAAGAGAAAGCAGCGCAGUACUUCACUCUCCUCAUUAUAACAGACGGUGUCAUCAGCGAUAUGGACGAGACGCGUCACGCCAUCGUACAGGCGUCUAAGCUACCCAUGUCCAUCAUCAUCAUCGGUGUGGGCAACGCAGACUUCGUUGCCAUGGAGUUCUUAGAUGGAGACGCCAGCGUUUUAAGGUCCAACGCGGGAGAGGAGGCUGUUCGCGACAUAGUCCAGUUCGUCCCUUUCAGAGAUUUCCGAAAUGCACCCAAGGAGACCCUCGCCAAGUCAGUCCUAGCCGAACUGCCUCAGCAGGUCACCCAGUACUUUAAGCAGCGGAAUCUACCACCCGCCAACACAGCGCCGAAGUGAGACGCCCCAAAAACAAAAGCCCACACGCUGUACAAUAGCUCAACAAAACGUCUCUUCUCAUUAACGGCAAACGAUACAGAAUGAAAGUGUGUAUAUUGGCUGUGAACAAAAAAUGAGUUGUGGACAAAAAAAAAAGAAAUCACAGUGAAGACAUCCCUGCCACUAUAUUUACAAGGUUGUGACUGGAUGUUUGGUCAGUAUCCAUUGUGAAUCCAUCAGAGGCGAUAUUCUCUGUUUCUUAAAGCUUUCCAGCACACAGAACCAUGAAAAUAAUGUUUAAAGGACCUUGCAUGUCUAUAGCCAUGGCAGGUGUCUCCAAAUCAUAUGGACGUUUAUGAAUAUGCAGCUAAAACACUGGCCUUUUUGUAAGAGAAAUGAAAAACAUCUUUUAUUUAGCUUUUUGCAUGUGUGUGUGUUGUGAUUGAUACCAUGUGAUACAUACAACUUCUUGGUGUAGAGUCCCUUCUCAGCUGAAAUAUAUCAGUGGUUCAAUCCCCUCCCUUUGUCUUAUGGAUCCUUUUCAGGUAGCGGAUCGGACGAAGGCAGGUUGCUUUUGUGCUCACGUGUGGUAGACUCACAGACUGAGCCUGAGCAGAGCACUAUUUCUUCACCCCUGCUCCAUCGUCAGGGGGAGGUUUCAAUUUAAAGUUGUGAUAGCCAGUUGUCUGAAGGGCGAGUUUUAAUGCUCCACUAUAUGCUUGUUUGAUUCGAGAGGAUAGAAUCAGAGGAGGACGAGGCCGUAGUGGCAGCUGUAGCACUAACACAGGACAGAUGUGGGAUACUUUGUGAACUCAUUAGGCUUUUAAAUAUGGGGCCAUUUUGCUAGCUUCUGCAAAAUCCUUGUAUUUCUUAUGACUUCAGUUUAUCCUGCAUGAUGCCAAUAUCUACGCACUGUUUACAAACUGAUGCUGAUGAUCACCAAUGCAUGUUGUUUUUUUUUCAAAUGAUGUAUUUAUCAGAUUUUGUAAAUAUUUUAAUGAGAUUCUGUUGAACGGGAAGGAAGUGUCCCAUGGCAGAGACAGAUGUGUCAGAGAAGGCUGUUACUUUCAGAGUUUUAAUGAUUGGAAGCAGAAGAGGAGUUUCUGAUAUGCAUAUAUACCGAAUGUAUAUUUAUAUGAUGCUGUUCAUGUUCUGAUAAGCCAAUGUUUAUGACAUGUUUUUAAUGUACUUUUUAUGCAGUGCUGAAUUGUGUACCUAAACUACUCCUAUGUGUAUUGCUGUGCAUCUUUGUACUAAAUGUGUUGCUAUUCAUUUUCUAAAGUUGUGUCUAUGUCCACACUCAGGUUAAUAAACUGAAGGAAAUGUCA